GAAAGUUGUACACAGAUCCCUUGGUAACUUUCAGCCAUCAGCCAGCCUCUGUCAUAGGUUGCCAUGCUUAAGACAGCAGGAAGUGGCGCCAGCUUUGACAGUAGAGGUAAAGCAGCUGUCCUGUAGAGUCUUUCAGCCCUGAAACACACUUGGAGGACUGUUUCUACAGCCAUGAUACCUGUGUCAAACACAGAGGAACUUAGCCUGCAGUGCCAGAAAAUAAGAGGAGAGGAGUGCAACCGGUGCAGCAGCCUGCACAAGCUUCCUGCUCAAACAGGGUGUGGAAUGCUUACUCUACUGUCAUCUGCCAUUGCUGCUAUCAGUGGUUUUCUGAUGGGAUAUGAAAUAGGAGUUAUCUCUGGAGCUCUUCUUCAGCUAAAUAGCAUAUUAGCACUUUCAUGCCAACAACAGGAAAUGAUUGUCAGCGCUCUUCUCAUUGGUGCCUUGCUAGCUUCAUUAACUGGUGGAAUCCUCAUAGACAAAUAUGGACGACGAUUUACCAUCAUGUUAUCAUCUUGUUUACUUGUACUGGGCAGUCUGAUUUUGAUACUGUUUGCCUCAUAUGGAUUACUUAUAAUAGGCCGGAUUGCAAUAGGGGUUUCCAUUUCACUUUCUUCAACUGCAACAUGUGUGUAUAUUGCAGAGAUUGCCCCUUCGCAUCGAAGAGGUUUGCUUGUGUCUUUGAAUGAACUUAUGAUCGUAAUGGGUAUCCUUUUUGCCUAUGUUUCAAAUUAUGCCUUUGCCAGUAUUCCCCAUGGCUGGAAAUAUAUGUUUAGCCUGGUCAUUCCAUUGGGGAUCUUGCAAGCCAUUGCUUUGUAUUUCCUUCUACCCAGUCCACGAUUCUUGGUUAUGAAAGGUUUUGAUGAAGCUGCUAGCAAAGUACUUGGGAAGCUCAGGGCUGCGUCGGACACUACUGAAGAACUUGCUAUGAUCAAAUCUUCCUUAAAAGAUGAGCACCAGUAUCGUUUCUUUGAUCUAUUUCAUUCAAAAGACAACAUGAGGGCUCGGAUGCUGAUUGGAAUUACUCUAGUGUUUUUUGUACAAACCACAGGUCAGCCUAAUAUCUUAUUUUAUGCAUCUACUGUUUUGAAAUCAGUUGGAUUCCAGAGCAAUGAGGCAGCUAGCUUGGCCUCCACUGGUGUUGGAGCAGUAAAAGUGAUCAGUACAAUUCCUGCCACCCUUUUUGUGGACCAUAUGGGAAGCAAAACAUUCCUCUGCAUAGGCUCAUCCCUCAUGUCUGUGUCAUUAAUCACCAUGGGAUUAGUGGUGCUUAAUAUACAUGUGAAUGCCACAACUGUUUGUAGAAACCAGUCCUUGGAAAAUUCAACUUUCCAGGGAGUAGAAAAACUCACCUCCAUAAAUGAAACUCUGAAGGAACAAUUUGCUGGCAUGGCUUCAUCUACCAGAAGCCCACAGUGGAAGGCUGAAAUGGCAAAUACAGUGGAGCAGAACAGAACAGCCUUAGAAGGAGCCAGUGUUUAUUCCACAACCCAAACAGAAGCCCAGCUAACAACAGAAGCUUUGGAAGUCCAAUCUUAUUUGAAAUGGAUGUCUUUGGCUGGGUUGCUUAUUUAUGUGGCUGCUUUCUCCAUAGGACUUGGACCAAUGUCCUGGCUGGUAUUAAGUGAAAUAUUUCCUGGUGGGAUCAGAGGAAGAGCAAUGUCUCUAACCUCCAGCGUGAACUGGGGUGUUAACCUCCUAAUCUCAUCAACUUUCUUGACUAUGACAGAUUUAAUUGGAUUACCAUGGAUGUAUUUCAUUUAUGCACUAAUGAGCCUAGCAUCGUUGGCUUUUGUCAUCAUCUUUAUACCUGAGACAAAAGGAUGCUCCUUAGAGCAGAUAUCUCUUAAACUGGCAAAACAAAAUCACAGAAAGAAUAAUCUUUGCUGGAUGGAUCGACGGCAGGAUCAGCUGAUAGAAUCAACAAUAGAACUGCCCAACAAAGAAAUCCAUGAACAAUUCUACUAGAGUGGUGGUGAAUGCAAACAAAGCUAGACGACCUGGGUUUUGUUUUUUGGUUUUUUUUUUGAGGAUAUGAUGACAGAACACUGAGAAUUGUUGCCACUGCACUCAUAUACAUACUCAUAAUUAGCUUUCUUGCAUUUUGUAGAGGCCCCUUUGGUCAGUGGACACUAUACAGGAAAGAAAUGUUUUUGCACAUUUUAAGCACAGACCUCUGAAAGAUCCCCUCCUUACUAGGAAACUGAUAGUAAAAAUCUUAGAAAUGGUAUAAGACAUUCAGUAACAGAAAUCUGGGUGAACAAAUAUUUUAGAUAUUUAAAAUAUAAGGAACUGAGUUGGUAUUGGGGUGACUAAUCUGUUCAUCACCGUGUGUCCAACUCUGUACAAGCAAUUCUUUUCUGCACUUGUCUGCCAAACCCUUUAAACCAAAAACAGUGAGGAUCCCUGUAUGUGCAAGACCUCAUACUUGCACAACACAUGCUCCAUAUUUUAGCUCCAUGAACUGGGGAAACUUCUUGCAUUAUUUUUUUAGAGUAGGUGACCAAAGUGGCAGGAUCUGAGAAUAAAAUAGUGUGGCUCAGUUUGGAACUUGUGCUAAGUGAGGAGGCAUCAUGUGACUAACUCCAAGGCCUUUCUUGCUGUCCCCUAGAUGAGAAAAAGAAACUGGGUAGAAGACAAAAAGCGAUUCUUCCCCCUGUGGUCUUUAAACAAUUGCAGCCCUUUCCUUUUUAAAAAAAUCCCCAAACCUCAGAAAACCCACUGUUAAAACUUAGGUUCUGUUAACCUCCAGUCAUUUCUGAGUAAGAUUAAAAAGAAACUUUUUGCACACUAAUCCCCAAUGAGGUCUGUGGGAGGUCCUGCGGUGUCAAAUUGGUCCCCAAACCAUCCAGUUACACACUCCAGGCUAAACCAUGGUUUUGUGGUACUUGAACAGGUCCCCUUAAACACUUCCCUCUCAUUCCUGUGUGCAACUGUGAUAAGACUGGAAACAGCAGUUUUCACAGUGAAAUGAAGGAUUGUUUCAAUCUAAUGUGUGGUUUAUUCAAGCAAGCCAAAAUCUGAAACCAAGUUGGAUUAUUGAUUGUUUCAAUAAACCACAGUUGAAGCCCAGAUGAAAGCUCCUCCUCAUGGGCAAGCUGCAGCAGAAGAGAGAAGAGUACUCCGAGACCCAUCAACAUGGAUUUCUGUAGUACUGAGCUUUAUUUAGUAUUACGUCCAAAAUAAAUCUCUCUCUAUUAUGCCUUUAAAGACCAUGCAGAUGUCCUGUUUUAUCAGUGCUCUGCCAAAGGGCUACAGCUUCUUUAGCAGGUGUGAAGAAAAAAUGUAUGUUUUAUGGCAUAUUAUAUAGGCAUAAAAGAAAAAAUGUUUGUAAUCAGUACUCUUUAUUUCAGUCAGUCAGAUGGAAUCCUUAAGCUGUCUCUAUUAUUUUUUCUGGAGCUUAUCCCAUUCACAAAUAAGCUGGCAUACCUCUUCCAGCCUGAAUUCAGGAACCGAGAUGCCCCUGGAUGC